CGGUACACGGCGCUGAUGUGGCUUAUAUAUAAAAAACAAUAAAACACGGAGGAAGAAGAAGAAAACGCAUGCGGCCUGUUCCAAGAACCAAGCACGUCCUCUUCCCGGAACCAAGCACGUCCUUAUCCUCUCUCUUCUGUUCCUUUCUCUCAGACGGCAGAACCAUUCAUCCAAAAUCUUCGACGGCCGAACCCUUCGUUCUUAGAUCUCUUCCUCUCUCUCAGAUUUGAGAAUCACCGUCUGCCAGUUCUCUUCCUCUCUCUCAGAUCGGCGUUUUGGACGGAGUUACUGAGCUCGGCCGCUACCCAUUUUUCGGCGUCGAACCAGUGGCCAUCUUUGAGUAAUUUGCAGUCUUGAUGCGGGCUGGAGGAGGACAAAAAGUGAGCACACAACAUACUGCUUGGAGGAUCUAUCACCGACUUUGGGUGACCACAUAAUUUCUAUGUUCUUCCGGAAGGUGUAUUGCUUGCUAUUAAUAUUCACUCAUCAUCUUGUGGAAUGAAAGCCUUGCCCCCUCCUUAGGCUGUUUGUUGGACUCAUUUUGCCUCUGAAGUACUCUCACUCCCAAAGUCCAAUCUAUCUUCAUUUUCCUAUUCUCUCUUACCUCCAUCUUUGCUUUUCUUAUCUCUUAUUGAUACAAUAGUUAUUUGGUUGCUUUUCUACUUGCACAAAAAUCCAAAAAAAAAAAAAAAAAACCACUAGAACAAAAAUGGCGGAGAAUAUCGUUAUUUCAGUUGUUGCAAAAAUAGCAGAAUACACUGUUGCACCUGUUGGUCGGUGGCUAUGCUAUUCAUUUCACUUCAACAGCAACAUAGAGAAUCUGAAGAAUCAGGAAGAGGAUUUGCGGGAGGCUAAAGACAUGGUGCAACACUCAGUUGAUGUUGCUUUAAGAAAUGAAGAGGAAAUUUAUCCUGUUGUUAGCAAGUGGUUGACAGAUGUAGAUCGUAUUACAAAAUUGGCCACCAGGAGACUUCGUGAAAGCGAAGAAGAAGCAGGUACGAGGAGCUCUAAUGCAGCUUGCCUAAACUUGAAACAACGGCAUCGAUUAAGUCGGGAAGCAAAGAAGAUCGUGGAAAAUAUUGCCCAACUUUUUGCCAAACUUCAUAACAAUGGAAACUUUGAAAAAGUUUCGAAUCCUAUUCUUCCUUCAGAAGAAAUGGACUACAGUAGCAACAUAGAGAAUCUGAAGUAUCAGGAAGAGAAGCUGCAACAUGCUCGAGAAAGGGUGCGACAUUCGGUUGAUGUCGCUUUAAGAAAUGGUGAGAAAAUUUAUUCUGAUGUUAGCAAGUGGUUGACAGAUGUAGAUUGUAUUACAGAAUUGGCCACCAGGAAACUUUGUGAAAUUGAAGAAGAAGCAGGUACGAGGAGCUCUAAUUCAGCAUGCCUAAACUUGAAACAUCGACAUCAGAUAAGUCGAGAGGCAAAGAAGAUGGCGGGUGAUAUUGCUGAACUUCUUAAAAAUGGAAACUUCAACAAAGUUUCCUAUCUUCCUACUUUGCAAAACAUGGUACCUGAGCAAAGCAAGGAUUACAUGAUCUUGGGUUCAAGGAUGUCAGUUAUGAAUAGAAUUAUCGAGGCAUUGAGAGAUGCUAAUUUCAACAAGAUCGGCGUGUCGGGGUUGGCUGGAGUUGGAAAGAGUACAUUGAUGGAAGAAAUUCGCAGGCAAGCCAAGGAAGAAAGGUUAUUCAAUGAGGUGGCUCUAGCAAAAGUGACGGACAACCCAAACCUAAGUCGAAUUCAAGGAGAAAUUGCAGAGAUGCUAAAUCUACAGUUCGAUUCAAAAGAAAAUGAAAUCGAAAGAGCAAACCGUCUACGGACGAGGUUAAAAAAAGACAAUGAGAUACUCGUAAUCUUGGAUGAUAUAUGGAAGCAACUUGAUUUGAAUGCAAUAGGAAUUCCUUCCGGAGGAUGCAAACUACUACUGACAUCCAGAGAUCAACGGGUACUAGCUUCUCAUAUGGGCACCGAAAAGAACAUCGAACUCGACAUUUUAGGAGAUGAAGAAGCAUGGACCUUAUUUGAAAAGAUGGCGGGUGUUUCUUUCAAAGAUGAUCCUGAUUUGCAGAACGAAGCAAUUAAGGUAGUUAAAGAGUGUGCAGGUCUUCCGAUUGCACUUGUAACAGUUUCUAGGGCAUUAAAGGAUCAUAAGAGUUUGAGAAUCUGGAAGGAUGCCCUGGUGCAACUAAGAAGGCCCCCUCCAGAACAUGACACAGAAAUAUGGUCACCCGUAUAUUCUUGUAUAGAGCUGAGUUAUAAACAUCUUGUUGGUAGAGAGGUCAAAUCCCUCUUUUUGCUUUGUGCUCAACAAGGUUAUGUCAUCUCCUAUCGGGACUUGUUGAGAUAUAGUUUUGGUCUGUGUUUAUUCCAUGGCAUUGAUACGUUGGAAGAAGCAAGCAACAGACUAGAAAAAUUAGUUAGUAAUCUCCAAGAUUCUUGUUUGCUAAUACAAAGUCCACAUAGCUCCAAGGAAUUUUACAUGCAUGAUGUUGUUCGUCAUGUCGCUACAAUGAUUGCGUCAAAUCAUGAUCAUAAUAUGUUUGUCAUGAGAGGCGAUGGUGGGCAAACAGCAUGGCCAGAUGUGGAUGGACUAAAAAGAUGCGAGGCGCUCUCUAUUCAUGGUGCAGAUCAUAUCCAUAAAUAUCCCAAUAAAAUAGAAUGUCCUAAAUUAAGAUACUUUCAUGUCCAGUGUAAAGAUUCAUAUUUGAAAACCCCAAGCAGUACUUCCUUCCAAGGGAUGGACAAGCUCGGAGACAUUUUCUUCCAAGGGAUGGACAAGCUCAAAGUUCUGAGUUUGACAAAUAUACAACUUUCAUCUCUUUUGCCACUUACAAACCUACAAACAUUGUGUCUAGAUAGAUGUAAGUUGGGAGAUAUUCAUUGGAUAGGAAAACUCAAGACUUUAGUAAUUCUUAGUCUUGCUCGUUCUGACAUUUCAGAUCUACCAAGAGAAAUGAAGUCGUUGACUCGUUUGCAGUUAUUGGAUUUGAGCUAUUGUUACAAACUUAGACUGAUUCCUCCUAAUGUCUUGUCAAGCUUGGUCAACUUAGAAGAGUUGUAUAUGCGAGAAAUCAAUGUCCAAUGGGAGGUUGAAGGACCCAGCAAUGAAGGAAAAAAUGCUAGCCUUGCAGAGCUAAAGAAAUUGUCGCACUUGACCACUUUAGAGAUAGAUAUUCCGAAUGUCAACAAUCUACCGAAAGAUUUGUUUACUGAAAAGUUUGAGAGAUACAAGAUAUGCAUUGGAGAUAUCCCAUGGGAAAAUAGAUUAUUUAAGGAAGAGGCAUUCUCAAGAACGUUAGGACUCAAAUUGAAUACGAGUUUCCAAUUGGACUUUUGGAUCAAAAUGCUACUGAAAAGGACAGAAUAUCUUUAUUUAAACGAGUCGAACAGUACUAAGAGUGUCUUAUAUGAAUUAAAUAGAGAAGAUUUUCAAAAGCUGAAACAUCUCCAUAUCCAAAACAAUGGCGAUAUUAAGCAUAUCCUUGAGUUGAGGACACCGGCUGUUGCCUUUCCUAUCCUGGAGACAUUUGUUUUGGAAGAUAUGAUCAGCUUGGAAGAAAUUUGUCAGGGCAAACUUCCAUUUUCAACCUUCAAAUACUUGAAAGUUUUAAAGGUGUAUAACUGUGAUAAAUUAAGAUUUAUCUUCUCAUCAUCUAUAGUCAGAGGCCUUUCACUACUUGAAGAAUUGAACAUAACAAGCUGCAACAACAUGGGUGCAAUAUUCGUGAAAGAAGAAGAAGACGGAAUAGAAGAUCAGGGAGAUAUGAUGUUGUUCGGUCGACUUCAAACCUUGGUGUUAAAUGAUCUUCCAAAGCUCGUGGGCUUCCUAAGCACAAAAGAUUCAUUCAUGGCUGAUUGUAGAGAAACCAAUUCAGAGGGCAACCAUGAUCUUCAGUUGCCACUUCUACAUCAUGAUCAGCUCUCGUUUCCAAGCUUGAAGAAGUUGCACAUUUCGAGCAUGGAUAAGUUGGAAAUUAUAUGGCAGGAUCAAGUCGACGCGACUUCUUUUCCCAAUAUUCAAGAAUUGAGAAUUUUUAGUUGUCACAAGUUGUUGCAUGUCUUUCAAUCUAAUUUGCAUACAACAACAACAACAUUGAUGCAAAGUCUGACUAGUCUACGUAUAUGGAACUGUGAUUCAUUAGAAACUAUAUUUGGAAAUACGGAGGGGCAAAAUGGUAAAGAACCACAAGUUUUAAUGGCUUCAAGUUCAGGUACGGAAGAAAGUGUAGCGAGAGAAGACGGAAUAGCCAGACAUAUUGAGUUCCCCAUACUAACUGAAUUGUCACUCGAUGGAUUGCCAAAACUCAAGUGGAUUUUUGAAGGAGUGCAUACUAAUUUGGAAUCAUGGCCUUCAUUGAAAGAAUUAUGGCUGGGGGAAUGUGGUGGACAAGUGAACAAAAUGAUUUGGGCUUCAAAAUUUGCAAGCAGCAGUAGUAGUGAAGAGAACCAACUCCCGACUUGCAUUCAACAACCCAUGUUCGUCGUUGAGGAGGGUACGUUCCCCAACUUGGAGAUUUUGUCAUUGACCUUCAAUGGAACCAUAUGUCCCAGCAGAUUUUCAGAUUUUCCGGAUCCAUCUUUUCUUCUAACAAGACUGCCAAAUCUGUUGAAACUUGAGGUAUACGAUAGUGUCUGGGAGGAAAUAUUCCCUUAUGAACUUGUUGAUCGAGAAAUACGAUUAAGACUACUAAGGCUCUGUUGUCUACGUAUGCUUACACAUUUGUGGAAAGAAGACAAUACCAAGCCAUGCCAACUUUUUCAUAAUCUGGAAUGCCUUGAAGUGUUUGGAUGCGGCAAAUUGAAAAACAUAGUGCCAUCAUCUGUUUCUCUUCACAAUUUGACAGGAUUGGAAAUAUCACAUUGUCACGGAUUGAUCAAUUUAUUAACAUCCUCAACUGCCAAAACUCUGGUGCAACUCAAAGGCAUGGCUGUAACUAAUUGCAAAAGGAUUACAGAAAUUGUAACAAUGGAAGAUGGUGAAGCAAAUGUGAAGAUUACUUUUAAUAAGUUAACAUACUUAACACUUGAUGGCUUACCAAACCUCACACACUUUUGCUCAGGACCUUAUUCCUUUGGGUUCCCAUCUUUGGAGAGAGUAACUGUGAGAUGUUGUUCGGAGAUGAAGACUUUCUGUCACGGAGUCUUAAGUACACCAAAGCUAAGUGGAGUAUAUGAUGACAACAGUUGGAGUUCGAAGCGGAAUUUGCAUUCGAAGGAUGACCUUAAUACCACUACAAGUUGUCUUUGGGAGGAGUCAAAUCAAUAUGAUACUGGAUUGUUAUUCAGAGAAAGGGUUGAGAAUUCUGAAGAAGAUGAAAAUCAUCCUUCAGAAGAUGAAGAUCAUUCUGAGAAUUCUGAAGAAGGCUAGAAUGUAGCUUUUCCAUUCAGAAUUUGUGGAUCCAAUGGUGAUAUUUCUUUCUUUUGAUGAAGUCAGUCAGGGCAGAGGACCCUUCAUUCCCAUUAAUGUUUAAUUAUGGUUUGCUUGUUUUAUUAUGUCUUCUUUAUUUUUAAAUGUCUCUUAUAUGUACGAGAGAAUGCCAAAUAAAAAAAGUUUGACAAUGUAUUGAUUUGAUAUAACUCCUCAUGAAGUACUGUAGUUAACAACUCUGGUGUUGCCAACAAAUAAACUUGAAUUAUAAUCUUUUGAUUAUAAUUCGACCAUA